CUGGCGCGCAGGGAGGGAGCGCUGCGCUGCGCCGGGCUGCGCAUCGCGGCCCACUUGCCGCCUGUCCCCUGCCCUGGCUGGGCCACCUCCCCGGGCUGCCGGUGGAGGGCUUCGAGGCGCUAACGUUACGCUGUUUCCGGUUUUCCAGAGGGCUCUGUUUCCCCUCCCAAGGCGGCGGCGGCUGAGCGGCGGAGCCCCCCAAAUGGCCUGGCCAGAUGCGGCAGGUUUGCUGCUCAGCGCUGCCGCCGCCACUGGAGAAGGCUCGGUGCAGCAGCUACAGCUACAGCUACAGCGACAGCAGCAGCAGCAACAGCAGCAGCAGCAGCAGAAGCAGCAGCAGAAGCAGCAGCAGCAGCAGCAGCAACAGCAGCAGCAGCAGCGAGAGCGGCGGCAGCAACAGCAACAGCGGCAGCAGCAGCAUCUCCCGUCCCGCUGCGCCCCCAGAGCCGCGGCCGCAGCCACAGCCGCAGCCCCGCAGCCCCGCAACCCCGAGAGCCGCCGCCCGCUCGCGAGCCGCAGCCGCCGGCGGCAUGAGGCGCGACCCGGCCCCCGGCUUCUCGAUGCUGCUCUUCGGUGUGUCGCUCGCCUGCUACUCGCCCAGCCUCAAGUCGGUGCAGGACCAGGCGUACAAGGCACCCGUGGUGGUGGAGGGCAAGGUACAGGGACUGGCCCCGGCAGGCGGCUCCAGCUCUAACAGCACCCGCGAGCCGCCCGCCUCGGGUCGGGUGGCGCUGGUGAAGGUGCUGGACAAGUGGCCGCUCCGGAGCGGGGGGCUGCAGCGCGAGCAGGUGAUCAGCGUGGGCUCCUGUGUGCCGCUCGAAAGGAACCAGCGCUACAUCUUUUUCCUGGAGCCCACUGAGCAGCCCUUAGUUUUUAAGACGGCCUUUGCCCCGGUCGACCCUAACGGCAAAAACAUCAAGAAAGAGGUGGGCAAGAUCCUGUGCACUGACUGCGCCACGCGGCCCAAGCUGAAGAAGAUGAAGAGCCAGACAGGAGAGGUGGGUGAGAAGCAGUCGCUGAAGUGUGAGGCGGCGGCGGGGAACCCCCAGCCUUCCUACCGCUGGUUCAAGGACGGCAAGGAGCUCAACCGGAGCCACGACAUCCGUAUCAAGUACGGCAAUGGCAGAAAGAACUCACGACUACAGUUCAACAAGGUGAAGCUGGAAGACGCUGGGGAGUAUGUCUGUGAGGCUGAGAACAUCCUUGGGAAGGACAGCGUGAGGGGCCGGCUCCAUGUGAACAGCGUGAGCACCACUCUGUCAUCAUGGUCGGGGCAUGCCCGGAAGUGCAACGAGACGGCCAAGUCCUACUGUGUGAAUGGAGGCGUGUGCUACUACAUCGAGGGCAUCAACCAGCUCUCCUGCAAGUGUCCUGUGGGAUACACCGGGGACAGGUGUCAGCAGUUCGCAAUGGUCAACUUCUCCAAGCACCUUGGAUUUGAAUUAAAGGAGGCUGAGGAGCUGUACCAGAAGAGAGUCCUGACCAUUACUGGCAUCUGUGUGGCUCUGCUGGUCGUGGGCAUCGUCUGUGUGGUCGCCUACUGCAAGACCAAAAAACAGCGGAGGCAGAUGCAUAACCAUCUCCGGCAGAACAUGUGUCCAGCCCACCAGAACCGGAGCCUGGCCAAUGGGCCCAGCCACCCUCGGCUGGACCCUGAGGAGAUCCAGAUGGCAGAUUACAUCUCCAAAAAUGUGCCAGCCACAGACCACGUGAUCCGGAGGGAAACUGAGACCACGUUCUCUGGGAGCCGCUCCUGCUCACCUUCUCACCACUGCUCCACGGCCACGCCCACCUCCAGCCACAGACAUGAGAGCCACACGUGGAGCCUGGAACGCUCGGAGAGCCUGACCUCGGAUUCCCAGUCGGGCAUCAUGCUGUCGUCGGUGGGCACCAGCAAGUGCAACAGCCCGGCAUGUGUGGAGGCGCGGGCGCGGAGGGCGGCAGCCUACAGCCAGGAGGAGCGGCGCAGGGCUGCCAUGCCACCUUACCACGACUCCAUAGACUCCCUGCGUGACUCUCCACACAGUGAGAGGUACGUGUCGGCCCUGACCACGCCCGCGCGCCUCUCGCCCGUGGACUUCCACUACUCGCUGGCCACGCAGGUGCCGACUUUCGAGAUCACGUCGCCCAACUCUGCGCAUGCCGUGUCGCUGCCGCCCGCCGCGCCCAUCAGCUACCGCCUGGCGGAGCAGCAGCCGCUCCUGCGGCACCCGGCGCCGCCGGGCCCCGGGCCGGGGUCCGGCGCGGACAUGCAGCGCAGCUACGACAGCUACUACUACCCCGCGGCGGGGCCGGGACCGCGGCGCAGCGCCUGCGCGCUGGGCGGCAGCUUGGGCAGCCUGCCCGCCAGCCCCUUCCGCAUCCCGGAGGACGACGAGUACGAGACCACGCAGGAGUGCGCGCCCCCGCCGCCGCCGCGGCCGCGCACGCGCGGCGCGUCCCGCAGGACGUCAGCGGGGCCGCGGCGCUGGCGGCGCUCGCGCCUCAACGGGUUGGCGGCGCAGCGCGCACGCGCGGCGCGGGACUCGCUGUCGCUGAGCAGCGGCUCGGGCUGCGGCUCGGCGUCGGCCUCGGACGACGACGCGGACGACGCGGACGGGGCGCUGGCGGCCGAGAGCACGCCUUUCCUCGGCCUGCGAGCGGCGCACGACGCGCUGCGCUCGGACUCGCCGCCGCUGUGCCCGGCGGCCGACAGCAGGACUUACUACUCCCUGGACAGCCACAGCACGCGCGCCAGCAGCAGACACAGCCGUGGGCCGCCCACGAGGGCCAAGCAGGACUCGGGGCCCCUCUAGGGCCCCACCCCCGCCUCGCCCACCCCGGGUCUCCAGGGAGAGCGGAGACCACCGACUGGAGAGGGAAUAGGAGCGAACAAAGAAAUAAAAAUAUUUUUAUUUUCUAUAAAAAGGAAAAAAGUAUAACAAAAUGUUUUAUUUUCAUUUUAGCAAAAAAAAAAUUGUCUUAUAAUACUAGCUAACGGCAAAGACGUUUUUAUAGGGAAACUAUUUAUAUGUAACAUCCUGAUUUACAGCUUCGGAAAAAAAAAAGAAACAACAAAAAAAAAAGAGAGAUGGGCCAAUUUUUUGACUCUUUAAUAGAAACCUAUAUUGUGGUGCCUUUUGCUGUACGCUAAUCUGGGGCUCCUGGAGAGUCGUCUGGGGUGCAGGGUGGGGAUGGACGCUUAUAGGAUCCCAAACCAGUGGAGGUGAGAAAAGGCAGGGAAAGAAGAGACAGACCGAGGUUCUAAUGUCCCUGAGGCUAGCGGACAGUGAGGAAGAACGUGAAGACAAGGCAGAGUUUUAUCUUCCCCAGUCCAAAUCUGGAGUCCUGGGCAGAGAGAGCGGGGUAUCCUAAGCUUACAGCUGGAAUUGAGGUCGGCUUACUUCCAGGGGGAGACACAGGACCCCCACUAGAGAGACUAGAAUGGGGAGGGGUCCUCCCCGCUCCUCACAGCUGCUGAGGGAAAGAGGACAGAGAAGGCAGUCUCCCCACCAGCCCCCGGCCUAGGGAGGGGGCAGCCUCUACCAGGGGCCCAACCUUCACGGCUCCUCCUCCCCUGCGGCCUCCAGGAUAGCCUCUGUCCUCUGCAGCACCUUCGUUUACAGGUCGUCUUUUCUAUUUUACACCUGCAUGUCCUUUGCAUUUCAGAUUCUUUAGAUUGAAUGCAUGGUCACGCUGGGACCCAGAAGAGCCACUCCGACAGUGUAUUCGAUUCCCCUUUUAGCAAUAAAGUAACACCGUGUCCUCACAGCCCAGCCCCACCCCACCUAUGACUUCCAUCCUCGAGUUCUGCCCACCCCGGCCCUCACAACUGGAUCCAAUGCUAAUUUGUCAAAAAUGGCAAUUGUCUAAAAAAAAAAAACAGACAAGAAAAAAAAAAAAUCCCAAACAGGAGCAAACGGGAAAUCCUGACAUGUCCAAACACCUGACUGUUGACACUUGAACAUUUUUAUAUUAUAAAUAAAAUCAGAACUAAUUCCUGUUUGACUGUGUGUACCUGGCCCCAGGUGAGGAGGGUAGAUAGACUCAGGACCUGGGAUAAGGCACAUGGGUACUGAAUAAAGAUUGGAGAGGGCCAGGGCAGUCCCUGAGCGGAAGUGACCCUCUCUCCAGUUCCGCUGGCCCCAGCUCCAAGGACCUGCUCCAAGUCUUCCUUCCAAAUCAUUUAUAAGGUGUCCCCCCUGGGUGCUGGGAAACCCAGCCAAGGGAUUGACGCAAAUUGUUGUGCUUUAAACUCAGCCUCAGAACUCUGGCCCAGUCCCUGCCCUGGAGCUAGGGAGCUGGAUUGAGGCAACAGUUUCCCGCCCAGGUGGGUGAAGAGGGAAGAAUAGGGCUGUGGGGUUGGCACCGGGGCAGCGGAGGUAAAGAUGACCCUUGGGGCCUCAGGCACAUCACAGGCAGAGUCUGGA